AUGCCUCCCACGCAAAGCGAUACAGUACAUUCUGACGAAGUUCAGCAGCGACCUGGCUUCGAUAUUGAUGCGCCCAUGACGCCCCGUCAACAAGCCAUGUAAGCCACCUCGAAAUUUGACGACGACUAAUAUGCUGACUGUCUUUAGCUACGAGCGUAACGCAACCUCCUCUGCUCUCAUCCGCUUACCCAUCGAGCUGCGAUUGAAAAUCUGGAAGCUCGCGAUCGGAGAAAAUACCAUCCACGUGAUACAGCCAGAAUUUACUGACGAACGGGGGUCAUUAAUCUGCCGAUCGCCAGUAACCGCAAGCCAUGCCUACCAGCGCUUCCGAUGUCCAGCGUACGAGAAAUCCACGGAAUGGCGCUCCGAAGCAGACAUGCGAUGCUGGGGGAACCGGCACCAGGCCUGCUCUGAAUUGAAUUCACGUGCAGAGUAUUUAGAUAUGCGCAUACUCACUUUGUGUCGUCUAACAUACAUCGAGAUCAUGGAAACCAUUUGGCGAACUAAUACCUGGUCCUUUACCUCGCCGAACCUAUUCUGCUAUUGGCUAAGAAAGAGGACGACUGCACAGUUGAGUUAUACAAGCCGUAUUCACAUGGAAGACUACUGCUUGUGCGACUACGUCUUCUCUUUGUUAGCUGAGCGAAAGAAGGAACCAUUGGAGCGCUUGCAGAUAUAUAUCAGCCCAGAUGUCGGGGUUUUUUCGGGAAUCCGCCAGGAUUAUCUUGACCGGAGUAGUUUUCUUUAUCUUGUCCUGCGUAUGGAUGCCAGUUCUGACGUUGACUAGUCGCUGGAAUUACCGAAUGUCCCCCUACGAGGGAAGUUGAGGUCAUUUUCUAUGACUCGACGAUUGACCAUGCCGACGUCGAGAACGAGUCAAUUUCACAAAUGAAGUUGUGGGAAAGAAGUGUGGCGGUUGCGGAGGAAGUUCGCGUUAGUCUGAUGGAGAAAAUGAGGAAAUGCUAGAGAAAUAUCUCUUAGGUUUUGAGACUGCGUACUGGCGAGAACACAUCUACAGUAUGAGCGGACCCCAGCUUCCCUUGGUCAUGGCUAUGGACAUUUCGCGUCUACAGUCGCUUCUGAACAAAACGACCGUCAAUCUGACCUGGCGAAACAAGUCUCAUCGAUAUUCUCAACACCCCUGCCCAUUGGCCUCACCAAAAAUAAUUCAUACCACAAAUUGAUCUUUGCUGGUUCAACUGAACAAUAUCUCGCCCGUUUCCUCCUCUGUUUUUCCCGCGUUUGUUUUACUGUCUCGACUUAACAAAUGACUCCAGGUUAGCAUCCCGACAUGCGAAUGACAUCAGGCUCUCGAGGUGUGUCUGGACUGGACACUGGCACCACCACGAUCUAUUGCACAGGAUGCAAGUAUCAUUAUGAGCAAUAAAAAAGCCUGCAUUCGACACGGACAAUACACGACUGGGGAGUAG